UAAUGACCUCAGGCGUUCUGUGUUGCCCGUUAAACCACAUAUAACCUCUUUUUAAAUCAUAAAAACGACUGUGAUUGAAAUACCGCAUGUUUCUUGUGUAGGAUUCCGUACACUUUAAGGACAGGCGCAGUUCGAUCCGGCGACCAAGUUGCGUCACAAAAAUGGACUCUAAACACUAAAGGAUAACACUGUUUUGCAAUUAGCCGGGGGCCGUGUGUCAGCACAAACAAAAGCCUUUUUUGGUACAAUUAAACUUUACGACCCGUAGUAUGAAACAACAAACAGAGGCAAUAAUGUAAUUAUGAAAAACAUUUUAUGGGUCGUGGAAAGGAAAAAUGAGCAUAAUGUUUUUCGAAUUACUUCAUUUCUCUUGGUUUUCCUGUCAAUUUUCCGAAUUAAAAAUACCCUGGGGUGCCCGGCCUUAAUAAAAAGUGACAAGUGCCUCUGUUAUAAGUUCGAAGAUGAUGUUUUCCUAGAUUGUCAAGACACGUCUUUGAAAGACAUAAGUAAUGCACUCCAAAGCUUGACGUUCAUCCAUACUUUUUCUAUAUACGACUUGGAUAGCAGCGAAGAAAACUUGGGACCAUAUAUCAUACCACAAAACACAUGUAUCAAGCACGUGCAUAUUUCGCGUACAAGCUUAAAAGAAGUAAACGAUGAAGCAUUUGCGCCAUUAAAAAAGUGCCUUGAAACUAUAAGCAUUGUAUCUAGCAAAGUUAAGUUAAUACCACAAAAAGCUCUCUCCGGCAUGCUCAAACUGCUUUCUGUAGAAUUUACUUCAAACUAUAUCGAAGAAAUACCAAACUAUAGUUUUUAUGGUCUUCCGUUAUUGAAACUUAAUAUAAAAGGCAAUAUGGUUCAACACAUAGCGGACAAGGCAUUCUCGGGUUUAGAAAAUACUAUAACAGAUAUCGAUUUAAGUGAGAACAAUUUAACGUCGUUCCCCAUAAUACCGAUUGCUAAUUUAAAAUUACUUCAAACAUUGAGGCUGUCGUGGAACGAAAUUUCCUCCUUUCCUGAUAUCGAGCACACUGGUUUAAAAUCAUUAGAGUAUUUAGAUUUAAAUUCCAAUAAUUUUGAAUUUAUUUCAGAAGACUGCCUUAAAUUUAGUCCGUCCCUGACGAUACUAUCGUUUCAUUUUAAUUUCAUAGUGAAUAUUCAUUACCGUGCGUUUUAUUCUUUGGUGAAUUUGAAAUCUAUUGAUUUGAGUUAUAAUCGAAUUAAAAUCCUUAACAGUAAUUUAUUUCAAAACAAUAAAUUAAUGGAAUUUAUAAAUUUGAGUCAUAAUCACUUGCACCACAUAAACGGUCUCAUCUGUGGUAUGCCAUCUUUAACUAAAAUUUUAUUAAGUAAUAAUAAUAUACUAGAAGUGCCAAUAGAUUCAUUUCAUAAUUCAACGAAGAUAAGUAUAUUACACUUAGAUAAGAAUUGCAUUAGUAACAUUCAUAGUGAGAGUUUUAGUGACUUAGAACAAUUAGUAGAACUGCGAUUAGACUUUAACUAUUUAAAUCAAGUGCCACAUAGCAUUCUAAUGAAAAAUAAGAAUUUAGCAACUUUAAGACUAGACAAUAAUAAUUUUAUAGAAUUAAAUAACAGCACGUUUAAAACUUUAGCAGAAUUAAAAGAAAUUAGGCUCAAUGAUAAUAAACUCACUUUUUUAACUAAAAACCUCUUUCUUAAUUUAGCAAAAGUUGAGACUCUAUACUUAGAUCAUAAUCAAAUAAGUUUUAUCGAGUCCCAAACAUUUACCAAGCUAUUAAAUUUAAAAUAUAUUUCUUUAAACAAUAAUAAACUUAUAGAUAUUCAAAACAUUUUGCCAAAAACUAAUUUCAACUUGCUAUCUCUUUACUUACACUCGAAUAGGUUGACUUCAGUCAAUAAUUUUGAAUCACAAGAUAAAUUGUAUCUUCUCACAUUGAAAGACAACCAAAUAAAGUUUGUAACUAAACAAACAUUUGGAAACUUAACCUAUUUAACUCGUUUGGAACUUGGAGAAAACGAAAUUUCAAUAAUAAAUGACUUUUCAUUUCAACGCUUAAUAUCUGCUCGUUAUUUAGAUUUACAACACAAUAAUAUACGCAAUAUAACGAGCUUCACUUUUUUCGGUUUACUUGAGCUAGAAGAUUUGGAUCUCUCGUACAAUAAAAUUAAUUUUAUUUACGACAUGGCAUUUGAACAUCUAAAAAAAUUGAGAAGUCUCAAUUUAUCAUUCAACCCUCUUAAAAUUCUAUAUAAAACACUUUUUCAACAAUUGCCACUUAGCUCGCUUUAUUUAGAUAAUUGCGAAAUUCAAGUUAUAGAAAAUGGCACUUUUCAAAAUCUAAAUAAUCUUAAAAUAUUAUCGCUAAGUAACAAUUUUCUAAAAUCAAACGAUCUCUUGACGCUGGAUAUACCGGGAUUGAAAUUUUUGUCUUUAUCUCACAAUAUUCUUGAUUAUUUGCCAGUAGAAGCAUUUGCACAGUUGCCUUUAUUGGAAAUACUAUUUUUAGAACAUUGUAAUAUUGAACAAAUAAUAGAAGGGACAUUUACAUUUAAUAAAAAUUUGCACAGAUUCAACGUUGCACAAAAUAUUAUAAGUACGAUUCCGUCAAAUCUCUUUGGACCUUAUAAUUCUGUUUCUGAGCUGAAUAUUAGUAAUAACUUUUUAGACUAUGUACCGUACAACACGUUUCAUAAUUUUACAAUGGUAGAUACAUUGGACUUUUCCGAGAACUUACUACCGAAAGUAGAAUUAAGUGGAUUUGAAAAACUUAUAAAUCUCAAAUAUCUAAUACUGCGAAAGAAUGAAAUUCAAUUAAUCUCAUGUAGGAAAAGGAUAAUAUUUGACGAAUUACUCUUGCUUGAUAUUAGCUGCAAUAGGUUAGAUCAUUUACCGAACAAUUUACUAGAAAAUUUUCCCAGCAUCCAAAAUAUUAAUAUUUCUAACAAUCAUUUAGUCCAUUUUGAUUUUUUAUUUUCACACAAAAGAAUUGGUAUAUCUCUCAUAAACAUAGAUAUAAGUAAGAAUCCUUCAUACACUUGGACCAUUCCUAAAAAUAUAAAUGAAAAUAAUAUAUUAAUUGCUAAUUUAUAUGAAUUGCACAUCUGUACAACGAAUCUGACAAACGUCGAAGAUAUUAACUUUGAACUUCUCAAAAGCCUACAACAUUUAUAUUUGAAAUAUAAUAAAAUAAGGCGUCUUUCAAUAAGUCCUUUUUCAAAAUUGAAUUAUUUGGAGAAUUUGGACUUGAGCUACAAUCGAAUUACUCAUCUAAAAACAAGUAAUUUCCGUGGACUGGUUAAAUUAAAUGCUUUAUGCCUUUCUCACAAUAAUAUCGAAUCAAUGGAUUCGUUUGAUGAAGAUUUACGGAAUUUAAAACUUUUAGAUCUUUCAUAUAAUAAAUUACAAAAUAUAUUGAAUGAUGAUUUAAUUCAUUUGAAAGAACUUACAGUUCUUUAUUUGGGGUUCAAUAAUAUAAAAUAUAUAUCGGCUACAGCAUUUAAAACAUUAAAUAAAAUCAUUGAAAUAGAUCUGCAACAUAAUAAACUUCAAAAUAUACCGAUAGAAUUAUUAAAUUCUAUAGAAAAUCACGUCAAAGAUAUAUCUAUAGAAGAAAAUGUUAUUAUAUGUCGAUGUCAAAAAAACAACACUUGGACCUGGAUUCAGGAUCACCCAAAAAUAAUAAAGCCUAACGCCGUCAAAUGUUUUAACGAUGAGUACCCAAACGGAAAAUGUAAUUUUCCACUGAUCGCUCAAGUAUCAGUUGAUAAGCAUAACGAUAAUUCAGUGUCUGUAUCCUGGUUUAUAAGAAAUCGGACAUCUAUAAAAGCUAUACAAAUUAUGUAUUAUGAUGACGACGAUACUUCUGAGGUGUACUCCAAGUUGAUAGACACAAGUGAAACUUCAACCUCUUUAGAUGAAUUACACAAUAACAUGAAUUAUAUUGUUUGUGUGUUAGCUAUCUACGAAUACCCACCCGUGAGUGAAAUGGUUCAAGAAGACUUACAAAUUAAUAAAUCAGAUUUUUACUUCAAUUCUCUUUUAAAAAUGAAUCGUAGCAUUGCAGCAAUAGAAAUAACACAAUCGUCUUCGAGUGAAUGCGUUUCCUUUGAUACAUUUAAAAAACCGCUCACAGUUAAAAUGAAAAAUAAUAAAGUCUUUAAAAUAUCAUCUAUUUUGAAUAGGCGUCUGGGAUUAAUAGUAGGUUGUUCAUUAGGCGUUGUUGUAUUUUUUGUAAUGGUCUCAGUAUUAUUGUAUACUAAAAUAAAAGAAAGGAAAAGAAUAGCGAAGUCUGACCCGGCGUGGUCAGAAAUGAAUGACUACCAUUCGAUACAUAGUAAAGAAGAUAUUCUACAAAGUUCUACUACUGCAUCUACCGAUAAUAUUUUACUAGGAAUGGCAAAAAACCGCAAUGUAUCUUUAGAUAAAAUAAAAUAGAUGUAGACUAGCACAGUCUUAUGAAAUUAUUUUUAUUAAAAUUACAGUUAUACCACUUCAUAGUAAAAGCUUGCUUGCUUUAGAGUCUAGUAAAGGCGUAUUUUAGCGCAAAUAAUGUUCGUAAAUAGGUAGAAAAUUUAAAUAAUUAAUACAUUAGUAUUAGAAAAAGUUAAUAAAAUUGU